CUUCAUAAAAAUUACUAACCAUCCACAGAUACAAAAGGAGCACUUUGGAGCACUUCAAUUUUUUAGUACCAACAAUGCAGCCACAAGGGAAUUGUUUUUUGAAUGGUUGAAUUAUUGAAACAACAUAUGUUUUAAGUCUUUUAUAUUUAUUGCCGUAUCCACUGCACAGAAACUCCACUGGGUAUGGAAUUGGUUGUUGGAAUUGCUGCAAGUGUUUAUGUCCGUAUUUUAAUGAUUAGGGCAUUGGCUUGGAAAACUGGAGAUCUGAAACAUCUAUCACUGAUUGGGUGUUUGAUCUUCAGCAGAUUUGGGUAUGCUCUAAGAUACAUUUUGCCAUCUUUCUAUUGUUAAUUUUGAAAAAUAAUGAGAUAUUUUUGCUAAUAAUUUACUGGCCAGGAAUACUUAGUUACAGGGCUGUAAUUCAUGGUCGAUAAAAUGUAUAGAAUAAUAGUCCAGUCAUUUCAACCCACAUUUACUGGAUUUUAAGCCUUUCUGAUUUAUAUGCAAAUAUAAAUUAUUUCAUGAAAAUUAAGACACAUGGCUUAAAUUUGGAGUCACAUAAAGAAUAACAAUUAAAAAUAGUUUUGUCUCAAUCAAGAAAAAUUAAUCUUUUCCUUUUGUAAAUAGUCUAAUGAAAACAUGUUCUAUCAAACUGUUUAUCCUAGUAGCAGUUCUAACUGACAUUAUGCAAAUAUAAAACUUUCACGUGUUGAUCAAACUUCUCUCUCCCUUACCAAUUAAGCUGUUCCUUUGAGAUGCUAAAGGUACUAACAUAUAAAUCCUGAGGACAAAUAUAAUUCCUAGAAUAAAAUAUAAAUUCCUUCAUGGAUAAAAGGUACACAAAAACAUCUUCAAGGGCGAAUAAGUUUGAGAUUGCAUUUUCACAUUUUAACCACAAUUCAGUGCUUUUUAUUUGGCCAAAGUAAAAGGGCUAAGAAAUACAGCCAGAGUGUUUAUGAAAAGCUGUUACAAACCCAAAAGGGAAGUUAUAUGUGUUUUAAAAGACAACUUUAAACUGUCAGCAGGAGUUAAAACUCAACCCCAAGCUUUCAAUCCCUAAUAGACGAUGGGGCUUUCUUACCCAAGAUCAGUAUGUUUUUCCUGAAUAAAUGUCCACUUAUGAGAAGAGAGCAGCCCUGAGAAGACAUUUAAAGGUUUUUAGAAAUAGUUUGAAACUUGAAACCAGGCAUUUGAAGAUGGGGAAACAGCUUUCUAUUCAAGAUCUGAAUAUUCGUAGUUGUACUCACUGUAGAUUGUACAGAGUGACGGAGAUGUUGCAGGAUGUCUGGAAAUCGUUCGCUUCUAAUGGUGGAUGUUCAUCUCCACUACGGCAGAGACUUUGUCAUUUUCACUCCUGCAUCCCCGGUGCUUCUCGACUGGCUCAUAUUAGGCCCGCAGUAACUGUAUUUAAGAAAAAGGUGGCACCAGAGAUAGAAGCUGUGCAGUAAUACGGUGGGGAGAGUGAGAAAGUUUUUAUUUUAAACAAAUAUUAAAAAAAAAUAUUUUAAAAGGCAAAUUUUAGAUUAAUUCCGAGGCUUUCAAUCUAAGAUGCUAUAUAAAAAAUUAAAAGGAGGAUAGAUUUUAGCAUUAUGGGGCUUUUCUGAUUCCUGAUGAACUUAUUUCUUUAUUUCUUGUCAAAGGGAGCACAGAGAAAUAAAUUUGAUUAAGAAGCCUCAGUGAAGGGUUUUUCUGUUGGAAGAGUUUUUUACAGGGAGCAAACCUGGGCCGACUCCAGUUUACACAAGCUCAGCUAAUGCACAUGAACCUUUGUCCCUCUAGGCCUGCACUUUGGGAAUGAAUGAAUGGAGUUGGGGAUGGGGUUCAGCUGAUGCCGGGAGAGAGAGGCCGUAUCUCUCUUUUCCUCCUGAACUGUGGCUUUUUUGAUUUUCCUUUCUCUGUCUGUGCCUUUCCCUUCCGUCUGCCCGUUGCAGACGUGGCUGCUCCGCUGAUCCCCUUACCAUACUCACAGUCAUUAUAGGGCUGAGGUCUUUGGUGACAAAAUGCUAACUAUUUAUGACCUACACUUUGUGUGGCUUUAUCUUCUUUAUGUAAAGGGGUCUCCAGAGGGAAGCUUUUCUCUCCUUGUCUGCUUCCCAUUGUAACAGCUGGAAAGUUUCUGUGACACAUCAAAAGUGUUAUGAGCUUAUUUCAGAGGCUGGAAGGUGGGGGUCUUGAGACUGCUUCUGCUUUUCCGUCAUAAACUAUGGGAACUGCCUGUUUUGACUUGGAGCUGGGGUGUCCUUACUUCCAUUCCUCAGGCAGAAGUAGAAGGAAGACACCAUUUGGGUAUUCUAACUUCAACCAAAUCAUCUCCUUACAGAGACCGUUGUCAAUGGAAAGUAGGAUCUGUUAUAUUAUUAGCAAGCUCUGCUUUAUUAACCUUAUGUUAUCAAAUUGGCUUUUGGAUUUGGCUUCAGGCAAAACAAAUCGGGGGUGAUACAUCAACGCAGCCCCUCGUUCAGCUUGCUUUCUCUUACCCUGACCAUUCAUGAGUCUCAGAACACACAGGAAUUCUCAAACAUGGGCAAACACCGUUGAACUCGAGUAGCAUAAACUCUUGGCUCAUAGCUCAAGUGAGCAGAGUCUUUUUUUGCUGAUUAGGUGAUGUUUUAACUGUCUUCCUAGUGCAUCUGCUUCUUUUCCCCCUUACCACCCACACUCCAUUUUUGGUGGAGUGACAAUAUAUGCUGUUUAAUUGCAUAGCUGCCUCUCCUGUGCGAGGCAGGGGAGAGAGAAGGGGAUUAAGUUGCAUAUGGCCGGCUCAGUUGUUAUUGAACGAUGCCCUGACUGAUGCCUGACGUCUGCAGAGGAUUUUCUUUGGAUUAUGAUCAAUGGAGUGCUGGACACUGAGGACAGCAAAUGGCCUUUUUCUCUCCUGUCUUUAAAAUGAAGUAUGUCCUCUCUGAAGGGCAAUCUAUCUAUGCUGGCUCUCAAGUUUAAAUGUAAACGACAGUGUGUUCCUUACUUUGAAGGCAGACACAAGCUUAUCCCAUUGAUGGCCAAGAUGCUUUGUGGAAGGAAGCAGCUUUUGUUACAAGUUCAAAAUUCAGGCAGUGUUGUCUCUCCGCUGGAGGCUUGAUGGAAAGACUCCUUGAAUGCGGUGCCUGCAUCAUUUAAAUGGCCGGGAGCUCCUGGGACUGGAACCUGGUGCCCUGUCUGUGCAGAGGUCAGCUGGUGAGUGCUCGCUGCUCUCUUUCCUCAGAAAAUCGACACCGAUUUUUUUCCAUUCAAAUAGAAAUCAGGAAAGUUUGAGCAACAGGAAUAUACAGGAAGGAGUGAUUUUAGAAAAUCAUUUCUCAACAGCUUACUAUUGAAUAAGUUGGUUGUAGAGAAACGACACUCCGACUGCGUAGGAAUGUCUGAUCUGCUCCAAAAAGGAUUAUGUGCUGCCAUCCAUCUCAUGUGGGAGCAAUAUGUUCUAUGAUUGAGGAAAAGAUAAAUGAAAAAUCGCGCACUAAAAAAGGACUCGUGAUCGGUUAUUUUAUUUAAAAAUAUUCGUCCUAGCCUGUGAGUUCCUGUUUGGGGAUUUGACCGGUAGAGCCCACAGCAGGAACUUUUGAGUGGGUGGCCUCUCCCGAAGUGGGCUGAUUUAAGAGUACCGAACCUCGGCCCUCCUGCCACUGCAAACCAUCCUCGGGAAGGUGAUCUGGAACAAGUUGUUUGCCUUCUGGUGUCCUCAACUGUAAAAACACGAUGACUUUGCUUCUCUGUGUUGCAUUCAAAGAUAUUAUGAGAAAAUGUGGGCAAAGUAGCGUAAUUAUCCUUUUCAAAGAUUUGGCAAUCACAGUGCUUUGUGAAAUAUUUAUGUCAGUCAAACUAAACAUCUAACAAACCAACAUCUAACUCAUUACCUUUUCUUCAUGAGACAAAGUGACGAAAAGAGCUCUCAAGAAUAGCGCUCUCUACUUUUUUGUAGAAAAAUGGAAUGGAGGGAUCUUGGGGACUAAGACUCUGUUAACCAUGUCUAAGAACUUCUUUUUAAGUUAGCAGAUUGAAAUUUAAAAAUGUGUAAUUUUCCAGGCCUUAGAAGACAACAUAGUUAAAUUGAUUCUGUCGAUUUACAAGUAGGUCUAUUGAGCUCAUUAAAGCUAAUGAAGUAAACACAUUUUUUUUUUCGACAACAGGAACUCCCCACUUUCUUCUCUAGCUGUGCUUGUGAUUUUUCACCUUCCUUUGGGGACGUCUACAGAGGGGAGAAGAUACUGUGAUAUAGAGGAAGGGCGUUGUCCCAGAGGAAGCCCAAGAGUCACCUUCAUUAACAGGGAAACCCCGUAGGAGGCUUGGCCAUAAUUUAUUAGGAUGCGUGGUACUAAGUUAAAAGGACGUUUGCGAAUCAAGUAAGACUUGCUUGGUUGUAAACAUUUUUUAAAAAGUAUUCAGGAGAAAAGAGAAUGCAGAUGGCCCUAAGGACACCCUGCACUCCAGUCUUGGUGCUCUCCCUGAGCCACCUUCGCUCCUAACGACCGCUUUGACACCAUCACAGCUGAUCGUCUUGAAGUACCUCAGAGGAGAAAACGUUAGAAUUGUCUUAUAUCAAGUGGCAGGCGGUGAGUCACCUGGGUAAGGAGAUAUAAGAAUUCUCCCCAAAUCCAUGUGGUUCCUUCCCAGGAAGCCUAAAUGUCUAUGUGUGUUUCUUUGUAAACAUGUACAAGAUUUUCUAGAGGAAGGAGUCAAUUAGAAGCUGACUUUUUUUUUUUAGGAGAUGAAUUCUCAGCUGUUCAAGUCAGAGAGGGUUAUGCUUCUCAUACAUAAGAAACUAAUCUUGCUGCCUGGAAGUUAACUGAUCCAUGAACCACCAUGGCGCCAAUAUAAUGCUGCCCAAGCCACGGUGAUUAUUCUCGCCUUUGACUGACUUUUGAGUCAGAUUAAAAGCUGGGUUCUCUAUACUACCCUGCAGUGCAUUUUGCUUGCUUGUGGGAUAUUUUAUUAAUCUUACCUCUUUCAACUUAUUUUAGGUAGAAAAGAAAAAUUGUAAAUUAUGUUAUUAUAAGCUAAAACAUGUAGAGACCACCCACAGUAUAGAAAAUUAGUAUUUUCUCUCCUAGAAGAGUUACUAUCUUACUAUCUUCAUACAGUAUAGGAAAGGAAACUAUACAUUCUUCAUUUAUCGAGGUAGGUAUGUUGUAAAGUUAGGGUACAAAAACAUAUCAUUUCCUAAGAGGACACUUGUGAUGUUAUUUUACUUUUUUCUUAAUAAUAGGAAAUAUGUAGAAUCAGAUUAUAUUGUUUAAAUGUCAAUGAUUAUAGUAGUAGUCAAAACUUUUUUCUUCUAAGAUGGGACAAUUGUGUGAGUGAGUGUGUGUAUGUGUGCAGGGGUUUCCAUAAUCCGCUAUGUGCAACACAGUGUUAUGACUGUCUCCAGAGUCCAGGGAUGAAUAAUUAUGAAAUAAGUGACAUCCUAUUGGCCCUUGAUAAAAUUGUGGUAAAAUUUUGAAAAUUUGGCCGUAUAUGCAACUGGAAUGCUGAAUAGAAUUUCAUCUUCUUGAGUUAACAGGUUGUGUCCUCUCUUUUUUCAUUGCGUCUCCCUAUUGAGUAUAGAAACAGGAACAUCCAGAAAUACGAUCCUGCUUUACUUCAUCACGUUACUUAAUGUUAAUUUUGUAUUUGACAAAAGCCUUUGGUAGUUAAUGAUGUGUACCUGUGUGCCUCUUAGAAUGAUGGAGAGUAGCUUUCCCUGUUGCCUGCUCCUCUCUCUCCUUUCCUCUAUUUCUGCCCUCCUUUCCCUAUUUGGGGGCCCCCUCUUUCCCCGGGGAUAACCUAGCUGAGCCCAGAUUAUGCUGUGCUCACUGACAGCUCCUUUCCAUUCCCUGCUUAAUGCAGCUCCCCAGUGCAGCCUCACGUGGGUCUGUCAAUGACACAGGGAGGACCAGGUUGCUCCCAGCCCUCCCCCGGGGUGCUCACCCCUGUAUUGCUAUGGCAGGGGCAAGUAAUGCCAACAGUGCUCGUCCUCUCUCCAAACGGCAGCGUUGAUUCUUUUCUUUAAAUGAACCUUGGAGAAGGGAAGGACUGAGAGAUUUAAGAGGCAGGAAUUCAUGUCAUGCGCUACAGCAGAGCAGCCGUAGCCACGGCAGCAGCAGCAGCAGCAGCAACAGCAGCAGCAGCGAGUCUUUCAGAGAGACUGCACCAUUUUCUUCUCACCCUGCAUAGAGGUGUGGUUGGAAGCGGCAAUCAGCUACCCACCCCCUAGCAGAUCCACAGAGGUGGCCUCUUCCUGGCUCCAGUCGGAAGACACAGACUGUCUGGAGGAGUCCCCAAAGACCGUUCCAACUGGUGAUGCGUGUCUAAGGAAGGCUUUUUCCAACUAGUAGGAUGCUUGUCUGCACUUGCGGCCUCCCAACUGCUGAAGAGCUUGAAGUCUAGUGCUCCGCCCUCCCCGGGGACCAUUUCCGAGAGUGGGUGCAAACCUCUGCCUGCGCGUGUGCAGGUGUCUGCUGCUGAGGCGCUUGGCCUGGGACCUUGGUACGUCGUGGUGAAUUAUGGGUGCUGCAGAGGCUGGAGCAAGAUUAUGACCUAGCUCGGGGGCGGAGUGGAUUAUUUUGUGAGUGUUCUGGCUGCCAGCCAUUGGCCUGGUAGGGCAAGUCACAUCUCCAUCUAGCUCUUAAAAUCUCCUGGAUUGCUAGGGAGUGGAAACUGAGCCGCGGCAACUGCUUCUGCUGAUUUCCUCUGCAAAAUGGCUCAUGCUGCUGCUUCUAUUAAAAAAGUUCGAGAGGCUGAACUGGAUGAAAAGGAAAAAACCCUUGAGAGAGAGAGAAAAAAACAACGGAAAAUCCCCAGAGAGCGCAUGGAACGGAAAAGAAAGUCUGACAGCAAUGCAAGCUUCCUCCGUGCUGCCAGAGCAGGCAACCUGGACAAAGUCGUGGAAUAUCUCAAGGGGGGCAUAGACAUCAAUACCUGCAAUCAGAAUGGACUCAAUGCGCUCCAUCUGGCUGCCAAAGAGGGCCACGUGGGGCUGGUGCAGGAGCUGCUGGGGAGAGGAUCCUCCGUGGAUUCUGCCACGAAGAAGGGAAAUACUGCUCUUCACAUUGCGUCUUUGGCUGGACAAGCAGAAGUUGUCAAAGUUCUGGUUAAGGAAGGAGCCAAUAUCAAUGCACAGUCUCAGAAUGGCUUUACUCCUUUAUACAUGGCUGCCCAAGAGAACCACAUAGAUGUUGUAAAGUAUCUGCUGGAGAAUGGAGCUAAUCAGAGCACUGCUACUGAGGACGGCUUUACGCCUCUAGCUGUGGCACUCCAGCAAGGACACAACCAGGCAGUGGCCAUCCUUUUGGAGAAUGACACCAAAGGGAAAGUGAGGCUGCCAGCUCUGCAUAUUGCAGCUAGGAAAGAUGACACCAAGUCUGCCGCACUCCUGCUUCAGAACGAUCACAAUGCUGACGUGCAAUCCAAGAUGAUGGUGAAUAGGACAACCGAGAGUGGUUUUACUCCUUUGCACAUUGCCGCCCAUUAUGGAAAUGUCAACGUGGCAACUCUUCUACUAAACCGGGGAGCUGCUGUGGACUUCACAGCCAGGAAUGGAAUCACUCCUCUCCAUGUGGCUUCCAAAAGGGGGAACACAAACAUGGUGAAGCUCCUACUGGAUCGUGGUGGUCAGAUCGAUGCCAAAACUAGGGAUGGGUUGACACCACUUCAUUGUGCUGCAAGAAGUGGGCACGACCAAGUGGUAGAACUUCUGCUGGAACGGGGUGCUCCCUUGCUGGCAAGGACUAAGAAUGGGCUGUCUCCACUUCACAUGGCUGCACAGGGGGACCACGUGGAAUGUGUGAAGCACCUGUUACAGCACAAGGCCCCUGUUGAUGAUGUCACCCUAGACUACCUGACUGCCCUCCAUGUUGCUGCACACUGUGGCCACUACCGUGUAACCAAACUCCUUCUGGACAAGAGAGCCAAUCCGAACGCCAGAGCCCUGAACGGUUUUACUCCACUGCACAUUGCCUGCAAGAAAAACCGCAUCAAAGUCAUGGAACUGCUGGUGAAAUAUGGGGCUUCAAUCCAGGCUAUCACAGAGUCUGGCCUCACACCAAUACAUGUGGCUGCCUUCAUGGGCCACUUGAACAUUGUCCUCCUUCUGCUGCAGAACGGAGCCUCUCCAGAUGUCACUAACAUUCGCGGGGAGACUGCACUGCACAUGGCGGCCCGGGCGGGGCAGGUGGAAGUGGUCCGAUGCCUUCUGAGAAAUGGCGCCCUUGUCGAUGCCAGAGCCAGGGAGGAACAGACGCCUUUGCAUAUUGCCUCUCGCCUGGGUAAGACAGAAAUUGUCCAGCUGCUUCUACAACAUAUGGCUCAUCCAGAUGCGGCCACUACAAAUGGGUACACUCCACUGCACAUCUCUGCCAGGGAAGGCCAGGUAGAUGUGGCAUCAGUCCUCUUGGAAGCAGGGGCAGCCCACUCCUUAGCUACCAAGAAGGGUUUUACUCCGCUGCACGUGGCAGCCAAGUAUGGAAGCCUGGAUGUGGCAAAACUUCUCUUGCAACGCCGUGCUGCUGCCGAUUCCGCUGGGAAGAACGGCCUUACCCCGCUCCAUGUUGCUGCUCAUUAUGACAACCAGAAGGUGGCGCUGCUCUUACUGGAGAAGGGUGCUUCCCCUCAUGCCACUGCCAAGAACGGCUAUACUCCUUUACAUAUUGCUGCCAAGAAGAAUCAAAUGCAGAUAGCUUCCACACUCUUGAACUAUGGAGCAGAGACUAACAUUGUGACAAAACAAGGAGUAACUCCACUCCAUCUGGCCUCCCAGGAGGGGCACACCGAUAUGGUCACCUUGCUUCUGGAUAAGGGAGCCAAUAUCCACAUGUCAACCAAGAGCGGACUCACAUCCUUACACCUUGCAGCCCAGGAAGAUAAAGUGAAUGUUGCUGAUAUUCUCACCAAGAAUGGGGCUGAUCAGGAUGCUCACACGAAGCUUGGUUACACUCCUUUAAUUGUGGCCUGUCACUAUGGAAAUGUGAAAAUGGUCAACUUUCUUCUGAAGCAGGGGGCAGAUGUCAACGCAAAAACCAAGAACGGCUACACGCCUUUGCACCAGGCCGCCCAGCAGGGCCACACGCACAUCAUCAAUGUCCUGCUGCAGCACGGGGCCAAGCCCAACGCCACCACCGCGAAUGGCAACACGGCCUUGGCGAUUGCUAAGCGGCUGGGCUACAUCUCCGUGGUCGACACCCUGAAGGUUGUGACGGAGGAGGUCACCACCACCACCACGACCAUCACUGAAAAACACAAGCUAAAUGUUCCUGAGACGAUGACCGAGGUUCUGGAUGUUUCUGAUGAAGAAGCUUUAAAACAGUUUGGUGACCAGUUUAUUGAUGGGGAAGUGCUUAGCGAUUCAGGUGAUGACACAAUGACGGGUGACGGGGGAGAAUACCUUCGGCCUGAGGAUCUGAAGGAACUGGGUGACGACUCUCUCCCCAGCAGUCAGUUCCUGGAUGGCAUGAACUACCUGCGGUACAGCUUAGAGGGAGGACGCUCUGACAGUACCAUGCCCAGCCUUCGAUCCUUCAGUUCCGACAGGUCUCACACCCUGAGCCAUGCCUCCUACCUGAGGGACAGUGCUAUGAUUGACGACACGGUUGUGAUCCCCAGUCACCAGGUGUCAGCGCUAGCCAAGGAGGCAGAAAGGAAUUCUUAUCGUCUCAGCUGGGGCACUGAGAACUUAGACAACGUGGCUCUUUCUUCCAGCCCUAUUCAUUCAGGCCGCACCUCUCCAUGUCUUGAUCGUGACAACAGCAGUUUCCUGGUUAGUUUUAUGGUGGAUGCCCGAGGUGGUGCUAUGCGAGGAUGCAGACACAAUGGGCUCCGUAUCAUUAUUCCCCCUCGGAAAUGUACUGCCCCGACACGAGUCACCUGCCGACUGGUCAAACGCCAUAGGCUGGCAACAAUGCCUCCAAUGGUGGAAGGAGAAGGCCUGGCCAGUCGCCUGAUCGAAGUUGGACCUUCUGGUGCUCAGUUCCUUGGUAAACUUCACCUGCCCACGGCUCCUCCCCCACUUAAUGAGGGAGAAAGUUUGGUCAGCCGCAUCCUUCAGCUGGGGCCUCCUGGAACCAAAUUCCUUGGGCCUGUGAUCGUGGAGAUCCCUCAUUUUGCUGCCCUUCGAGGAAAGGAGAGGGAACUGGUGGUCCUGCGCAGUGAGAACGGGGACAGCUGGAAAGAGCAUUACUGUGAAUACACUGAAGACGAAUUGAAUGAAAUCCUUAAUGGCAUGGAUGAAGUGCUGGAUAGCCCGGAAGACCUAGAAAAGAAACGCAUCUGCCGCAUCGUCACCCGCGACUUCCCACAGUACUUUGCAGUGGUGUCUCGCAUCAAACAGGACAGCAACCUGAUUGGCCCAGAGGGAGGCGUGCUGAGCAGCACGGUGGUGCCCCAGGUGCAGGCCGUCUUCCCAGAGGGGGCCCUGACCAAGCGGAUCCGCGUAGGCCUGCAGGCUCAACCUAUGCACAGCGAGCUGGUUAAGAAGAUCCUAGGCAACAAAGCUACCUUCAGCCCUAUUGUCACUUUGGAACCUAGAAGGAGAAAAUUUCACAAGCCAAUUACCAUGACCAUUCCUGUCCCCAAAGCUUCAAGUGAUGUCAUGUUGAAUGGUUUUGGGGGAGAUGCCCCAACAUUAAGAUUACUAUGCAGCAUAACAGGUGGAACCACCCCUGCUCAGUGGGAAGAUAUUACAGGAACUACGCCAUUAACAUUUGUCAAUGAAUGUGUUUCCUUUACAACCAAUGUGUCUGCCAGGUUCUGGCUGAUAGAUUGUCGACAAAUCCAGGAAUCCGUUACCUUUGCAUCCCAAGUAUACAGAGAAAUCAUCUGUGUCCCGUAUAUGGCCAAAUUUGUAGUGUUUGCCAAAUCGCAUGACCCCAUUGAAGCCAGGUUGCGAUGUUUCUGCAUGACUGAUGAUAAAGUGGAUAAGACCCUUGAGCAGCAGGAAAACUUUGCAGAGGUGGCCAGAAGCAGGGAUGUGGAGGUAUUAGAAGGAAAACCCAUCUAUGUUGACUGUUUUGGCAACCUGGUGCCAUUAACCAAGAGUGGCCAACAUCAUAUAUUCAGUUUUUUUGCCUUCAAAGAAAACAGACUUCCUCUCUUUGUCAAGGUACGUGACACGACUCAGGAACCUUGCGGACGACUAUCAUUUAUGAAAGAGCCAAAAUCCACAAGAGGCCUGGUGCAUCAGGCUAUCUGCAACUUAAACAUCACCCUGCCGGUUUAUACAAAGGAAUCAGAGUCAGAUCAAGAACAGGAGGAAGAGAUCGAUAUGACAUCAGAAAAAAAUGAUGAGACAGAAUCUACAGAAACAUCUGUCCUGAAAAGUCACCUGGUUAAUGAAGUUCCUGUCCUAGCCAGUCCGGACUUGCUCUCUGAAGUUUCCGAGAUGAAACAAGAUUUGAUCAAAAUGACCGCCAUCUUGACUACAGAUGUAUCUGAAAGGGCGGGUUCUAUCAAAGUGAAGGAGCUGGUGAAGGCUGCCGAGGAAGAGCCAGGAGAGCCCUUUGAAAUCGUUGAGAGAGUUAAAGAGGACUUAGAGAAAGUGAAUGAAAUCCUGAGGAGUGGAACCUGCACAAGAGAUGAAGCCAGUGCGCCGAGGGCUCGGUCGGAGAGAGAAUUAGUGGAAGAGGAAUGGGUUAUCAUUAGCGAUGAGGAAAUAGAGGAGGCCAGGCAGAAAGCACCUUUAGAAAUCACCGAAUAUCCAUGUGUAGAAGUUAGAAUAGAUAAAGAGACCAAAGAGGAAGUAGAGAAAGACUCAACUGGGCUAGUGAACUACCUGACUGAGGAUCUCAAUUCCUAUGUGUCUCCUCAUGGAGAGCAACUGCAGCCAGCUCAGGAGAUGGCAGGGGAGACAUCGCAGGCUCCAGCUGUUGGCAGGAGCUCUGAAAACGAAGGGAAAGAUGCCCACCCAGAUGAGACACAGAUUCCCCAGAAACAGCAGAAACCAAGCUUGGGAAUAAAGAAGCCAGUGAGAAGGAAAUUAAAAGAAAAACAGAAACAAAAGGAGGAAAGUUUACAAGCUAGUACAGAAAAAACCGAACUUACAAAAGGUAGUUCAGAAGAGUCAUUAGAUGAAGACCUGGGUCUGGCCCCUGAGCCUGUUCCCGCUGUAAAGGCCACUUCACCUUUGAUAGAAGAAACUCCCAUUGGUUCCAUAAAGGACAAAGUAAAGGCCCUUCAGAAACGAGUGGAAGAUGAACAGAAGGGUCGAAGCAAGUUGCCCAUCAGAGUCAAAGGCAAGGAGGAUGUGCCAAAAAAGAUAGUGCACAGGACACAUCCGGCUGUGUCACCCUCUCUGAAGGCAGAAAAGCACACACCAGCGUCACCCGCCUCGAAAACCGAAAGACACUCUUCUCUCUCCUCCUCUGCAAAAACUGAAAGGCAUCCUCCGGUAUCACCAUCCAGUAAAACAGAGAAACACUCCCCUGUGUCACCGUCUGCAAAAACUGAAAGGCACUCACCUGUGUCAUCGUCAAGUAAAACUGAGAAACACUCACCUGUAUCACCCUCGACAAAAACUGAAAGACACUCCCCUGUGUCAUCUUCCACAAAAACAGAAAGACACCCACCUGUUUCGCCUUCAGGUAAAACAGACAAGCGCCCACCCAUAUCGCCCUCUGGGAGACCGGAGAAACACUCGCCAGUAUCACCUGGGAGAACGGAGAAACGCUCGCCUGUAUCGCCGGCUGGAAGAAUAGAAAGGCAUCCACCUGUGUCAGCCUUGGGGAAGACCGAGAAGCACUUGCCUGUGUCGCCUUCUGGGAAAACAGAAAAGCAACCACCUGUCUCCCCCACCUCAAAAACAGAAAGAAUCGAGGAGACCAUGUCUGUGCGGGAGUUGAUGAAAGCUUUCCAGUCAGGUCAGGACCCAUCUAAACAUAAGGCUGGACUCUUUGAGCACAAAUCAGCAAAGCAAAAGCAGCCACAGGAAAAAGGCAAGGUUCGGGUAGAAAAAGAAAAGGGGCAGAUGUUAACCCAGAGAGAAACACAGAGAACAGAGAGUCAGACCAUCAAACGAGGCCAGAAAAUCCUGGUAACAGGAGCUUCAGAAUCCAAAAGAGGGGUCCGUGCUUCCUCCUUAGGGUUUAAGAAAGAAGAGACAGUUGGAGAAAAGGAGAAAGGUGUCAGCCACAAAACGCCGGAACCUGUUCGGUCAGCACCGGAAGAAGAAAGCCAUAAAGAGAACGAAGUCCCCAAAGAAAAGCCGGCUGAGGAACAGGGAGACAUGGAUCUCCAGAUCAGCCCAGACAGGAAAGCCUCCACUGACUUCUCUGAUGUCAUUAAGCAAGAACUGGAAGACAAUGAGAAAUACCAACAAUUCCGCCUGAGUGAAGAGCCGGAAAAGGCGCAACUUCACCUAGACCAGGUCCUCACGAGUCCUUUCAACACGACGUUUCCACUAGAUUACGUGAAAGAUGAGUUUCUUCCAGCUCUCUCUUUACCGAGCGGUGCUUUAGACGGCAGUUCUGAGAGCCCAAAGCACGAGGGGGUGGCAGGCUCUCCAUGCGGCAGCCUGAUGGAAGGGACCCCUCAGAUUAGUUCGGAGGAAAGCUAUAAGCAUGAGGGCCUAGCAGAGACCCCUGAGACAAGCCCAGAAAGCCUUUCUUUCUCACCAAAGAAAAGUGAAGAGCCAGUUAGGGAAGAAAAUGAAACUACCAAGUUAGAAACACCAAGAGAAAUUCAUUUAGAAAAAGAACAUCCCUCAACCAAAGACGUGCCUGAUGGUUCUGAAGAGCCAGGUGCUGCCGUCACUGAGGGUACAGAGCCCUCAGCUGAGUGCCUGCUGAAGGAGGCCACCCUAGACCCUUCCAAAGACACAUCCUCCAAACAGGAAGGUGAUUACCUUGACAGUAAUAGUGUAUCAUUAGCAAAAGAAACACCCAAAGGACUGGCUGAGGAAGCCUCCUGUGAUGAGGGUCAGCCUACAUACGUUAGUUCAGCCCUCAAGGCCCAAACUGAUACUGAAGCUCAGGGAUCCACAACCACCAAGCCCUCAGAUGAGACAAAGGCCUCGCCGCUGCCUGAUGUUUCUGUAAAGACAGGCACAGGGACUGAACCAAAGCCCCAGGGAGUUGUUAGAAGUCCCCAAGGAUUAGAACUUGCACUCCCUAGCCGCGAUAGUGAGGUCUUCAGCCCUGGCGCUGAUGAAUCGUUUGCAGUAAGCCACAAAGACUCCCUGGAAGCCAGCCCUGUGCUGGAGGAUAACUCCUCACACAAAACCCCUGACUCUCUGGAGCCGAGUCCUCUGAAAGAGUCCCCUUGCCGUGACUCUCUCGAAAGCAGCCCUGUGGAACCAAAGAUGAAGGCUGGAAUUCUCUCAAGUCACUUUCCUCUUCCUGCAGCCGUAGCCAAAACGGAACUCUUUACAGAAGUGGCCUCUAUGCGGUCCCGGCUGCUCCGAGAUCCGGAUGGCAGUGCUGAGGAUGACAGUCUUGAGCAGACGUCGCUCAUGGAGAGCUCAGGGAAGAGCCCCCUUUCUCCUGACACCCCGAGCUCUGAAGAAAUUAGCUAUGAGGUCACGCCCAAAGCCACAGAUGCAAGCACACCAAAACCAGCUGUGAUUCAUGAAUGUGCAGAGGAGGAUGACCUGGAAAAUGGGGAGAAAAAGAGGUUCACACCUGAAGAGGAAAUGUUCAAAAUGGUAACCAAAAUCAAAACGUUUGAUGAACUUGAACAAGAAGCAAAGCAGAAAAGGGACUACAGAAAAGAGCCCAAGCAAGAAGAAUCAUCUUCCUCCUCUGAGCCGGAUGCUGACUCUUCAGCAGAUGUGGAUGAACCGAAACACAUGGAGAGUGCGGAGGAGGAAAGCGAGGUCCCUGUGGCGGUAACAUCAGAGAGCAGAAAGGCUUCUUCCUCCUCAGAAAGUGAACCUGAGUUGACACAGCUGAAGAAAGGUGCUGACUCAGGCCUCUUACCAGAGCCAGUUAUUCGAGUGCAACCUCCUUCCCCACUUCCAUCCAGCAUAGACUCCAAUUCUAGUCCUGAAGAAGUACAGUUCCAACCUAUUGUUUCCAAACAAUACACUUUCAAGAUGAAUGAAGAUACUCAGGAAGAAUCAGGUAAAUCAGAAGAAGAAAAAGUUUGUGAAUCCCAUUUACCUGAAGACAGUCAGACUGUUUCUACUGAGGGCCCAGAUAUGUCUUAUGAUGAUCUAAAGAGAGAUGAUGAUCAACCAAAAAUCUAUGAUGACCAUGGCUGUGAGGCUGGGAGUCCUAGCAGCCCAGCCACUCCUAUCUCUUCAGGUCUCCACAGUUCCUGUGCUCAUGAUAUCAGCGAGCAGCUAGUUAUCCAUAAGGAAGCAUUACCUCUCCAAGACGCUGAGGAAAAAGACACAGAAGGAGAGCUUGAUGUUUCUGGAUUGGAAUCUCCACAAGUAGAAGGCCCCAGUGAAAGCUCUUCUUCUCCAUCCUCUUUGCCUCGUUGUCUAGCAUCUGAAAGAAAAGAAUUAGAUGAAGACUUAGUUUCUCCCUCUUCUCCUACAAAAGUUGAGGCCACAAAAACUGACCAAGCUUUUGAGAGCUUACCAAAGGACUGUUCCACUGAAGACUCAUCAAUUACCCCCCAAACAGAUAGAUUGUCUGUGGAUGUACCAGUGUCUGACCCAGCUGAGACUGAUGAAAUCUCUGAUCCUCAAACCAUAAGCCCUUAUGAAAAUGUUCCUUCCCAAUCUUUUUUCUCUAGCGAGGAAAGCAAAACCCAAACAGAUGCAAGUCACACAAGUUUUCACUCUUCUGAAGUGUGUUCUGUUACAGUCACAUCCUCUGUUGCAGAGGUAGCAGUGGAAAGCUCCUCUAGUAGAACUGUUUCAAGCAAAGAAUCUAACUUUGAAGACCAAAACAUGGAACUAGAAUCCAAACAAGAAAGUACCUUGUGGGAAAUGCAGUCAGAUGGAGCUCCCUCAUCUGUAGAGUCUACUAUACCAAAUACUUCAGCAGUUGUUGGUGAAAAAAUAAGCAAGGUCAUCAUCACAAAAACUGAUGUGGAUUCUGAUUCCUGGAGUGAAAUCCGUGAGGAUGAUGAAGCCUUUGAGGCCCGAGUGAAAGAGGAAGAGCAAAAGAUAUUUGGGUUGAUGGUAGACAGACAGUCACAGGGUACCACCCCUGACACCACUCCUGCUAGGACCCCAACUGAAGAGGGGACUCCAACCAGUGAGCAAAAUCCAUUCCUCUUUCAGGAGGGAAAAUUGUUUGAGAUGACCCGAAGUGGUGCUAUUGAUAUGACCAAAAGGUCGUAUGCUGAUGAAAGUUUUCAUUUUUUCCAAAUUGGGCAAGAAUCCAGCGAAGAAACUCUCUCUGAAGACAUGAAAGGAGUGAGUACUGGGGCUGAGCCUCCACAGCUUGAGACAUCAGCUGAGUCACUAGCACUUUCACAAUCAAAAGAACCAGUGGAUGAUGAGGCAGACUUACUUCCUGACGACCUGAGUGAGGAAGUAGAAGAAAUACCUUCUUCAGAUGCUCAACUUAACUCCCAAAUGGAAAUUUCAGCCUCUGCUGAAACAUCAACAGAAGAUGCUACUUCUGCAGAGCCUGAGGACCUCCCCACCACACAAGUGAGUGACACACCUCCUAAGUCCAGUGUGAAGCAGACAUCUUGCCCUGAUUCCCCUGAGCCCGCUGUGCAAGUUCACUUAGAUUUUUCCACAGUCACUAGGUCUGUGUAUUCAGAUCGGGAAGAUGAUUCUCCUGAUUCUUCCCCAGAGGAACAGAAAUCAGUAAUUGAAAUCCCUACUGCACCCAUGGAGAGUGUGCCUUCUACUGAAAGCAAAUCCAAAAUUCCUAUAAGGACUAUCCCCACUUCAACCCCAGCACCUCCAUCUGCGGAGGAUGAGAAUUCCCUUUCUGAAGAUGUUCCACCCAGCCUGGAUGAGGAAAGUAAAGAGGAUGAAACAAAACCAAAGUCUAAAAUCCCCGUGAAAGCACCCGUCCAAAGAGUAGAGCAGCAGCUUUUGGUUCUAGACUCAUCUCUCCAGAAAACAGUGGCUCCUCAGGGUCAGGACGUGACAAGCAGAGCACGAGAUGAUAGAAGCAAAUCUGAAUCUGAUGCCGAUCCUUUGGACUCCAAGGCCAAAAGUCCAGUAAAAACUAGAAGUUACACUGAGACAGAAACAGAGAGCGGAGAGAAGGCAGAGGAGCUUGAGUUAGAAUCCGAAGAAGGGGCCACAAGAACAAAGAUAUUUGCGUCCCGAUUGCCAGUUAAGAGCAAAAGCACCACAUCUUCCUGCAGGGAGGACACGAGCCCCACAAAAGACAGUAAGGAGCACUUCCUUGACCUUUAUAGGAACUCCAUCGAGUUCUUUGAGGAGAUUAGCGAUGAGGCUUCCAAGCUAGUGGAUAGACUUACACAGUCAGAAAGGGAGCAGGAACUAGUUUCAGAUGAUGAGAGUAGUAGUGCCCUGGAAGUUUCAGUCAUUGAAAAUCUGCCGCCUGUUGAGACCGAGCACUCAAUUCCUGAGGACAUCUUUGACACAAGGCCCAUUUGGGAUGAGUCCAUUGAGACUCUGAUUGAACGCAUCCCUGAUGAAAAUGGCCAUGACCAUGCUGAAGAUCAACAGGAUGAGCAGGAACGGACUGAGGAAAGGCUGGCUUAUAUUGCUGAUCACCUUGGCUUCAGCUGGACAGAAUUAGCAAGAGAACUGGAUUUCACUGAGGAGCAAAUUCAUCAAAUUCGAAUUGAGAACCCUAACUCCCUCCAAGACCAGAGUCAUGCGCUACUGAAGUACUGGCUGGAGAGGGAUGGGAAACAUGCUACAGAUACCAGUCUCAUUGAAUGCCUCACCAAGAUCAACCGAAUGGAUAUUGUUCAUCUCCUGGAGACCAGCACAGAGCCUCUCCAGGAGCACAUGAGUCACAGCUAUGCAGAAAUUGAACAGACCAUUACACUGGAUCAUAGUGAAGGGUUCUCAGUGCUUCAGGAGGAGCUGUGCCUGGCACAGCAGAAGCAGAAAGAAGAAGAGCAAGCUGCUUCCAAAGAAGGCGAGCCCUGUGAUCAGCCUCCCAUCGUCUCAGAGGAAGACAUUUCUGUUGGUUAUUCCACUUUUCAGGAUUACAUCCCCAAAACUGAUGGGGACAGCUCAACAACAGAGCUCCUUCCCCAGACUCACAAGGAGGAAGUUCAACAGGAUUUCUCAGGGAAAAUGCAAGACCUGCCUGAAAAGUCGCCUCCUGACCAUCAGCAGGAGUACUUUGUGACAACCCCAGGGACAGAAGUGUCAGAGACUCAAAAGGCUACGGCAGCAUCUGGGUCUCCCAGCAAGACGCCUGAGGAAAUUACUACCCCUCCUGAGGAGGAGAGGCCGUACCUCCAGACCCCGACGCCGAGUGAGCAGGGUGACUCUCCCAUCGUACAGGAACCCGAAGAGCCCCUAGCACAGAGGGAGGAGAGUCCUCGGAAAACUAGCCUCGUGAUAGUGGAGUCUGCUGACGACCAGCCACAGGCCUUUGAAAGACUCGAGGAAGAUGCAGCUUUUCAGAAGGAGCUAACAGAGGAAUUAGGUGAGCUGGAGGCCAGCUCAGAUGACGAGGCGACGGUAACCACCAGGGUUGUCCGCCGGCGAGUGAUCAUUCAGGGAGAUGACAUGCCUGACAUACCCCCGGAAUCAGUCACAGAAGAAGAAUACAUUGAUGAGCACGGACACACGGUGGUAAAGAAGGUUACGAGGAAAAUCAUUAAGCGGUAUGUAUCCUCGGAUGGCACCGAGAAGGAAGAGAUUACAGUGCAGGGAUUGCCACAGGACCCCGUGGACGUCGAGGAGGGGGAUGGCUAUUCCAAAGUCAUCAAGCGCGUUGUACUGAAGAGUGACACCGCACUGUCGGAGGUGACUUUGUCUGAGCCCAGCAUUUUGUCCAGUUCCUCACAAUUUGAGGCUGAACCAGUGGAAGGCCGUAGAGUCAGCAAAGUUGUUAAGACAACCAUGGUACAUGGAGAGAGGAUGGAGAAGCAUCUGGGGGACUCUAGUUUAGCCACUGAUCUUCCUUCAGCCAAAGAUGACUUUGAAGAGGCUUUGAGUUACACAGGUAGCCACAUGAAAGUCCACUCCCCCAGUUUAGUAGAGAGAGAAAUCCUGAAAGAGGAUGGAUCCGUAAUUAAAAGGACAGUAAUGAGUAAAGCCAGUACACGGAGCAGGGCUGUGGUGAAGGACCAGCACGGAAAACACAUUCACUUGGAGCACCUGGAGGACGUACCAGAAGCGCUAGACCAGGGCGACCUCCAGCGCGACCUCCAGCAACUCCUUCAGCAUUUCUGCAAGGAGCACUUGAAGCAAGAGGCCAAAUGAGGGGCUGCUCAAUUCUCAACCCAGAAACCACGCAUUCGCUCAAUAUGCAACUUCCCAUUUCUUUAGCAGAGUGACCUAACUGACCUAGUGGGAUACCCUGACAUUUCCACUUUCAGCAGAUACACUGCAUCUUGUUUUAGUUUUUCCCCGUCCUCUUUAACUGUAAGCUAAUUUGUGACCAAAGAUAGCAUCCUUCAUUCUGGAUGCUGUAUCCACUACUUUGUUGUGUCUGUGCUAACCUGGGAACUGGCCACCUCCAUUUUUCUUUGCUCCUGCACAAGCUCCAUGAAGAUCCAUUGAUCAGAAGAACUUCACCUGCAGACCUCUUCACGUGAUGAGAUAUCGGAAUCCUUCCAAGGGAUAUCCAUGUAUGUAUAUAGCUAAAAUGCUCAGAUGAACAACAUAUUAAAAUUAAAACCACUGCCUAUCCUAACUACACUGGGCAUCAUGGAAUAAAAGGCCUCUAGAGUUGCUGAACAAUGGUUACUUAAGAUAUUGCUAACACAAUCGAAUGAUAACACAGUUCUACUGCAAAAGAAGCACUUCAGACUACCACGUCCUUAGAACUUCCAGAGUAGCCAUUGCUCCUAGUUAAAAGAUGGGUUAAUAACCUUGAGGAACUGUCUUAACUAAGCACUUAUUGCUGGUGCUGGCCAGCCGUGAUUUGUGACUCUCCUAAAGCCACUCUGAGGGAGGGAGCAGAAGGCAAAGAGAAUGAGACAAGGAGAUACUCAGUUGCUAGCCACUGCAUCCUGUGGCACUCUAGCAUCUUCAGGUCUUUUAGAUUUUGGACACGUUGGCAGGGUAUUUUAAAAAGCUAUAACUACUGUAGUUCCCCAGUUUUCACUGCUGCUUAAGCAAACCACGCUGUCUUAUUGGUGGUACUUUCUUCUGGCCACUGCACUGUAGAUAACUCAUUGGAAACCAGACUUACCCACUACACAAAAGGUUAAACUCCUUCACCGUGUUGGAGUGGCUUCUUCUUUUUUUUCCCCCAGGUUUGUAUCUUCUCUAAUACGUGCAUGUAGCGUUUGAAAAUCAAAACCACAGUCAAAACCCCUCUUCUGAUCACAUUAAUGGUUUUCAUUCUUUAUACCCUGAGCAAGCACUUUUCACUGUUCAGCUAGGUCUGUUUUUUAGCUUGCAGACAAGGUUGAGAAAUCCUUAAAAAUUUGGUUUUGGUUAAAAUUUUUGGUUUAUUUAUUUGAAAUCCAAACUCCCUUGGAAACUCUUAAGUGCGUUGGUGCACUUUCCUGUUCGUUUGUUUCAAAGAAGGGACUUUAAUAAUCUGAGUGAGUUCCACGUCCUGUUCCUUAUUCCUCUAGUGGUUGAAGCUGUGUAGCAUUUUAACAUAUAUAUAUAUUCACAAAUAUAUUCAUAUAAACGGUAUACAUUUUGAAUCAGUUAUUUGUUAAAGAAAAGUAUAUUCAAUGAAGAUGAAAUUUAAAAAAAAACAACACACACACCAGAGUCCAUCCUCCAAUGAUUGAACGUUUUCCACUCCUAUCUGGUCUUUUCCUGUUGUGCAAAAAUGACUCAUUGCCCCGAAUGUCAAAAACAAACGGGACAAACAAUGGCACUUCAUCAUUUUCAAGGAACGUUGCCAAGAGAGAAAAUUUCCUGGGAGGGAGGUUUCCCACAAGCCGACUCUCGAAGCCUCACAGGCUAGCACUUUUUGGCAGUUGGAUAGGAAAUCAAGCAUUCUUUGGCAGCCAGAAUGAGAGAGGCCCGUGGUGAAACUUUCUGGGACACACCAUGGCCUUCUUGUUACAACCUUCACUGGAGCUCAAGAAAAGCAUUUCUAUUGUGUUCUUUGCAGUGCAGAUGAUGUCUGUGUAACAGCAUAAUGGUUAUUCACCUUUUUUUUGAUUUUGAUUUUUGCUGUGUAAUCAAAAAACUUGAAUACUGUGAGAAGAAGUGAAUUUUCAGUUGAUGAAUCAGCAUCUUGUUCCCAUGGUGAUAACACUAAGUGAAUAUAUCUAUGAGGGCAUGUAUUAGUUAAUGGAAAAAAAUACAACACUAACAAUACAUAGCUGCAAUGUGUACAAUGGCUGAUUUAAUUAAAUAAAAUGUACAAGUGUUAAAUGUGG